AUGGCUCGGAUCACAACACCGAGCCUCACGGCCGUCAAGGCCCCCUUUCAGUCCAAAGAGACGUUCGUCUCCUGGCUGGAGGCGCCCGUCGGCACCGAAGAUGGACGUCCUCCCCUCGGCGACCCGGGCUGGUCAAACAUGGACCUGGAGCCGACGCCACCGGAGCAGCGGACCUGGACUUGGUUCAACCUGCCAAUGUACUGGUUCUCCACCAUGUUUGGCAUCACGGGUUGGAACGUGGCGGCCGCGCUCAUCGUGGUGGGCCUGACCUGGCAGCAGGCUUUCAUCUCGUGCAUCCUCGGAGCCCUUUUGGCGUCUGUCGUUGUCGUCGCCAUGGCGCGUCCUGGUGCAAAAUACCACAUUGGAUACCCCGUCCUCGCCCGUUCCGUCGUCGGCAUGUACGGAGCCUACUUCUUCGUCUUCAUCCGGGCGGUGGUCUGCAUCGUCUGGUUCGGCAUCCAGACCUUUUACGGCGGCAACCUGCUCAGCGUGUGCUUCCGCUGCAUAUUCGGCGACUCGUGGCACCAGUGGCCCAACCGGCUCCCCGACGGCGCCGACGUCACCUCGAAGCAGCUGCUCGCCUUCUUCCUGGUGUGGCUGCUCAAGUUCCCCUUCACCUGGGUGCACCCGACCAAGAUCCACUACAUCUUCACCGUCAAGGGCGUCGUCAUGCCCAUCGCCUGCCUGGGCCUGUUUGGCUGGUGCAUGGCCAGCGGCACCGGCGUCGCCGACAUCAACAAGGCCAACGCCGACGGCCACGAGGCCGCCUCCAGCACCCCGCUCGGCUGGGCCAUCAUGAGCGGCAUCAACGUCAUCAUGGGCUCGCUGUCGCCCAUGCUGGUCAACCAGCCCGACCUGGCCCGCUACGUCCAGAAGCCGCGCAACGCCGGCCUGCUGCAGGGCGUCUGCGUCUUUUUCGGCCAGGUCCUCGUCUUCUUCCUCGGCCUGGCCUCCACCACCUCCAUCCAGGGCAAGUGGGGCGAGGCCUACUGGAACCCCUGGGACCUGCUGGACGCCAUCCUGGAUCACUACUGGACCCCCGGCGCGCGCGCCGGUGUCUUCUUCGUCUCCUUGAGCUUCCUGUUUGCCGUCUUUGCCACCAACCUCGGCUGCAACUCCAUCCCCUUUGGCGCUGACAUGACUGGCCUCUUCCCCAGGUGGCUCACCAUCAAGAGGGGUCAGAUCCUGUGUGCCAUCCUGGGUGUCGCCGUCGUGCCGUGGAAGCUCAUUGCCGGCGCAGAGGCGUUUCUGUCAUUUCUUGGCAGCUACAACAUCUUCAUGGCUCCGCUGUGUGCCAUCAUCAUCGUCGACUACUUCUUCAACCGCAAGGGCAACCUCCACGUCCCAUCCAUGUUCCACGCCCGCAGGGGCGGGCUGUACUGGUUCUGGUCCGGCGUCAACUGGGUGGCCGUCUUCUCGUGGGUCAGCGGCGUCGUCAUGGGCCUGCCGGGGCUCGUGGGCCAGUACCAGCCGCAGAUGGUCAGCCAGGCCGCAAAGUACAUGUACAUGAUGGGCUGGCAGCUGACCUUUGUGGCCUCGGCCGUCGUCUACAUGGUCUGCCUGCAGUUCUUCUUCAAGCCCAGGGUCCUGCCCGACGAGUGUGCCGCUCUUGCCGGCGCGGCCUCUUUUGAGUGGCUCGCCAACGAGGGCCGCGAAGGCUUUUUGGACGGCGAGAGGGCCGUGGCUCCGGCGUCGGCCAGUGCAGAGCAUGUCAUUUAUGCGCCGCCCACGCCGACCGGGGCAGACGAGGGUUCCGGCGGAGAGUCGAAAUGGUCCAAGGUCUGA